GAACAGGAGCAGACCCACGCACGAAAAAACUGGCCGAUCAUUCAUUUCGCAUCUGCAUGCGACCACAGUCCACAGGCAAGUACAUGUUCUCAAAUGAUUCGCCCUAGAAGGAGAUCAUGACUGCACAUCCGCCAUGUACCGGAACUACUUACGACGUCUUCAUGGCCAAAACACUUUAAUUUGAUAAUGGAAAGAACAGACACAGCAACGAAAGAGACUACAAAAAUCAUCAAAAAGAACACACUUCUGCUGACAUAGUAGGUAGUAGAGAGUAAAGUUUUGUGUUUGAUGCCGUUGUAGGCUACUUCGCUGGAAAGGUGAAAUAAUUACUUAGACCUAUUUCUUACGCCAUCCUAACGUCAUUUUAUUCUGAAAAGCGAGACACAAGCCGCAACUGUGGUCCUUUGUGUAGUUUCCUAAACCGCUGCAGCGGCCCACCAAAGAAAUCGGAAGAUGGCGGAGGCAAACACCCCGGAGCAGUGGUACAAGAACCUCCCGGUUCUGACGAGGUAUGGAUUGACCAUCAUCUUCGCGACCACCGUUCUGGUGCAAACGGAAAUACUCAACCCGCAGCUGAUCAUCCUGCACUGGCCCCUGAUCUGGGGCAAGCUGCAGCUCUGGCGCAUGCUCACCUGCGUCUUCUUUUUCGGAGGGUAAUAUGAUGAUGAGUUUUUUUAGAUAAGUAUAGUUUCUUUGCAUGGCAUGCUUGAUUCCCCGAAUUUAUGAGGAAGUAGUAAGUCAACAAAAGAAAGAAUGCAACGUUUGAUAAAAACAUUUUACAGGUUCAGCUUCAAUCUAGUUUUCCAGCUCUACUUUUUCACGUCCUUUUCCGGAAAACUCGAGCGCAACGAGGUUUUUUCCUCCGCACCCGGGGAGUACUUGCUCUUCCUGCUGUUUCAGAUCCUCACCCUCGCGCUCCUCUCCCUCCUGCUCGCCUGGCCGACCGGCUUGCCGACGCUGGGGCCCAGCUUGGUGUUCGGGAUCAUCUACUACUGGAGCAGAAGAGAACCCUACGCGCAGCUGUCCUUCUUUUCCUUCACAAUCCAAGGGUACCAGUUUCCCUUCGCGCUGCUGUUCUUCCAGAUGCUCAUGGGGGGCAGCAUAUGGGGCGACCUGCUCGGUCUCGGGAGUGGACACCUGUACUACUUCCUGAAGGAAGUCGUGCCGCAGGAAUACGGGUAGGGAAAGUUUUGGAAGUAGAAGAGUAGCAUGUGUCUGUCGUUUUUUUGCAUAUACAUUUUUUUUUUAUGGGAAAACGAAAAUGUAGUGUGACGCACUAGGCUAUUAAAAAUUGCUCCUAUGGCAUCUUCAAAAAGAAACCGUUGAUCCACCCCAGGUAUUCAAUAGUCCAAGCGCCGGGCUUCAUGCAGAAGCUGGCAAUCAACCAUCUGGGCGCCAUCCCUCCAAGAGGCUACCAAGCACCUUCCGCGCCACGCUUCGGUGGUGCGGGUCAGCGACUCGGCGGGUGAACCGGAAAGACUGACACGACGAGGAACAGUGGCGUUCGGCGGUCGGUGCAGACUGGUUUGCGUGACUCCGUGCGAACGUGGUGCAGUUUGCACGAACAUUUCCCCUGUCGUUUCGCAGAUGAUCCGCUGAGGAAAAGGCUGAGGCUGCUUGACCCGUCGUUGUAACGCGACAGAAGUAUGUUCAUGAGAUGAUGAUGUGUGCCCCACCCCAUCUGAGUUGUUCCCCCACCCCGAAAAGCAAUAAACAGAGUUUUUGAAAUGUGUCACUAACUCUCGGGGUCCCUCCCCAAUUGUAAUCUAUCAGAAUGAACAAGCGGCAAAAUAAAUGAAAACAACGAGAAUACGGAAUUCUCGUCGUAUCAGGCCAUGGCUUGUCGGUUGAAU